CAUUGGCUUCCUUCACGUAAUUCGAACUCUCCUCGUGCUUUUCUUCUUCUUAGUUGCUGUUGGCGUCUUUCAUUCCACCACUUGAUUUUACCAUAUACUACCACCACUCUCCGAAGAAGCACGGUAACUAUGGAAUCCACCACGGAAGCUCUCUCCAAGCUCGGUAUCAAUGGCGAUCCCAUUUCCUCCGUGCCCAAUUUACAGAAAAACCUCGGCCUCCUCUCCCCUGAGCAGAUUGAGCUGGCGAAGAUGCUAGUGGAAAUGGGGCAGAGUCAUCUGUUUCAGCAUUGGCCUGAGCCCGGGGUUGAUGACGAGGAGAAGAAAGCUUUGUUUGAUCAGGUGGCUCGGCUCAAUUCAAGCUAUCCUGGGGGUUUGGCCUCAUAUAUUAAAACAGCAAGAGAACUUUUAGCUGAUUCAAAAGCAGGAAAGAACCCUUUUGAUGGAUUUACACCUUCCGUUCCAACAGGAGAGAACCUGACUUUUGGCGAUGAAAACUUCAUCAAAUUUGAGGAGGCAGGAGUUAGAGAAGCUCAGAAUGCUGCAUUUGUUCUUGUUGCGGGUGGACUUGGGGAACGUCUUGGAUACAAUGGAAUAAAGGUAGCUCUUCCAAUGGAAACUACAACUGGAACUUGUUUCCUGCAGCAUUACAUUGAGAGCGUGCUGGCUCUUCAGGAAGCUAGCUUUAGACUGACACAAGGUAAAUGUCAAAGGGAUAUUCCUUUUGCUAUCAUGACAUCUGAUGACACACAUGCUCGCACGUUACAACUUUUAGAAUCAAAUUCUUACUUUGGGAUGAAAUCAUCGCAAGUAAAACUUCUUAAGCAGGAAAAAGUUGCAUGCUUAGAAGAUAAUGAUGCCAGGCUUGCCCUGGAUCCACAGAACAAGUACAGCAUUCAGACAAAACCUCAUGGCCAUGGAGAUGUGCAUUCACUUCUUUAUUCUAGUGGCCUUCUUAAAAUAUGGGAAGAUGCUGGUUUGAGAUGGGUUUUAUUUUUCCAAGAUACAAAUGGACUUCUAUUCAAGGCAAUUCCAGCAUCGUUGGGUGUGAGUGCCACCAAACAAUACCAUGUUAAUUCUCUUGCUGUUCCUCGGAAAGCUAAAGAAGCAAUUGGAGGAAUUACCAGGCUUACUCAUGCUGAUGGGCGGUCGAUGGUGAUUAAUGUUGAAUACAAUCAGCUUGAUCCUCUGCUUAGGGCGACUGGGCAUCCUGAUGGAGAUGUCAACUCUGAGACAGGCUAUUCUCCUUUCCCAGGAAAUAUAAACCAAUUGAUUUUGGAACUUGGUCCUUAUAUUGAGGAGCUGAAGAAAACAGGAGGUGUUAUUAAGGAAUUUGUGAAUCCAAAAUACAAAGAUGCUAGCAAAACUUCAUUCAAGUCUUCAACUCGACUUGAAUGUAUGAUGCAAGAUUAUCCAAAAACAUUGCCCCCAUCAGCAAGAGUUGGAUUUACGGUGAUGGAUACAUGGCUCGCUUAUGCACCUGUGAAGAACAAUCCUGAGGAUGCUGCUAAGGUACCUAAGGGAAAUCCAUAUCACAGUGCAACUUCUGGAGAAAUGGCCAUCUAUCGUGCAAACAGCCUCAUUCUCAAAAAGGUUGGUGUCAAAGUGGAUGAUCCAGUUCAUCAGGUGUUCAAUGGACAAGAGGUGGAAGUGUGGCCUCGUAUCACAUGGAAGCCAACAUGGGGAUUAACAUUUUCAGAGGUCAAGAAUAAAGUUACUGGGAGUUGCUCAAUCUCUCAAAGGUCUACAAUGGCCAUUAAGGGUCGUAAUGUCUUUAUCAAAGAUCUGUCCUUGGAUGGGGCGCUCGUUAUUGAAUCUGUUGAUGAAGCAGAGGUAAAAGUAGGAGGUUCUGUACAGAACAAAGGUUGGAUACUUGAAAAUGUUGACUACAAAGAUACUUCAGUACCUGAGGAGAUAAGAAUCAGGGGCUUCAGAAUCAACAAAAUCGAGCAGAUCGAGAAGCAUUAUGGUGAACCUGGCAAGUUUGGCUUGACAGUUUGAAGGUGAACUUAUACAGAGAUAUCAUCUAUUUUCAAGUUAUUUUUUUGCCAUGCCUCAUGGAAUUUCUGAACCUGGAAUAAAUCUCCUUUUGUAAGUUACAUUGGUCUAGAAAUAGUUUAGCAUUUCAGUGGUUCUUCCUUUUCUUUAUUAUUAUUAUUUUUUAAUUUUGGUUGGGGGGAGAGAUAUUUCAAAUCUCACAUUCAAUUUCUUCCCUUGAAGGAAUAACAAAUAAUACAAGAAUAUUGUUCA